AUGAACAAGAGCAAGACCCCUGCCUCCAGAAGGACAGACAUCCAGCACAUAUUCCAGUGCUAUGCUCGAGGCCAUAAGCACCUGCCUGCUCACUUUUUGCUCCAGUUCCUUUGUAAGGAACAGAUGGAGACCACGGCCAAUCAUGAGACAGUGGAGAAUAUGAUUGACAGAUAUGAGAUCGACAAGAGAGCUAAAGUAAAAAGGGUCAUGACGUUUGAGGGUUUCUUUCGGUACAUGGAGUCUAAGGACUGCUGUGUAUUUGACCAGAAACAUACGAGUGUCUAUCAGGACAUGAGCCAUCCUCUAAGCCACUACCUCAUCUCCUCCUCACACAACACAUACCUCACCGCUGACCAGCUCGUGGGGAGGAGUCACCUGCAAGCUUAUGUCAGUGCAUUGAGGCAGGGUUGUCGUUGUCUGGAAAUCGACUGCUGGGACGGUCCAGACUCUGAACCCAUUGUUUACCACGGUUACACGCUGACCAGCAAAAUCCUCUUCAAAGACGUCAUCGCAACGGUGCGACAGCAUGCUUUCGAGGUGUCAUCAUAUCCCAUCAUUUUGUCUCUGGAGAACCACUGCAGCCGUGAACAGCAGGUGGUCAUGGCCCAGUACCUCACCUCCAUCCUGGGAGACUUCCUGCUGAAAGAGAGCCUGAAUCUGACCUCCCAUAGAGAGCUUCCCAGUCCAAAUGACCUACAGUAUAAGAUCCUUAUUAAAAACAAGAAACUCAGUUCCCUGGGAGAAUCCCAGGAGAAGAAAGAUAAAGAGGAGGAGGAAGAUGAAGAUGAAGAUGAUGGGGAGGAAGAGCAGGAGAAAAGAGAGGAGGUUUCCAAGAAAAAGAGGCUACUCACCAAAGGAAAGAGAAAAAAGAAAACAGUGGUUGCAGCGGAACUGUCCGAUCUGGUCGUUUACACCAAGUCAGUGAAGUUUGUUAGUUUUAGUGUCUCCAGGGACAGUCAGCAGUUUUAUGAGAACACGUCACUAGGGGAGAAGAAGGCACGCAAGCUGGUCAAAACAUCAGGUGUGGAGUUUGUACAGCACAACAUGAGUUUUAUCACCAGAAUUUACCCUGCUGGUUCACGCACCCUCUCCUCCAACUACAACCCUCAGGAGUUCUGGAAUGUGGGUGCCCAGUUGGUGGCACUGAACUUCCAGUCUGUUGGUUUGCCUAUGGACUUAAAUAAUGGCCGUUUCCAGGACAACGGUGGUUGUGGCUACAUUCUGAAGCCUGAUUUUCUGAGGUCUGGUGAGAAAGGAUUUGAUCCAAAUGCUUUUAAACACUCCAUGAAGCCUGUUCACCUCCUACUAAAGGUGAUUAGCGGGUCAAACUUGCCUGACCCUAAAAUGGGCAAAUCUCUGGACCCUUUGGUGAGAGUAGAGAUUCAUGGGGCGAUGUCAGACAGUUGCAGGAGGCAGACAGAUGCAGUCAAAGACAACUCCCUGAAUCCACGCUGGGGUUCGGCCAUCAACUUCACUAUUGAUGUUCCGGAACUGGCCUUGGUCCGCUUCUCUGUCCGGCACCAAACUGGACCUCUCACCAGUGAUCUUGUGGGCCAGUAUACACUGCCUUUUAGCAGCAUGAAGAGAGGUUAUCGCUGGGUUCCUCUUCUGUCACGAGAAGGACAUAGCCUGGAUCCCGCUUCCCUUUUCAUCUAUGUAUGGUACUGUUAA